UAUAAUGGCAGUGUCGUAGUCAUCCUUUUUUUUCUUUGUAGCCCCAUUUAUUGCCCUUGUCUUUUGCUUUCCGUUCCUUCCCACUGAAAAUGCUCUUUGCCUCCCCUUUCUCUCAUCAUCCUUACCUUUUGUCACUGUUUUUGCAACUCUCUCUCUCUCUCUCUCUCUGUGUCUGUCUGGCCUGCAACUAGGGUUUCCUCUUUCUUUGAACUCACACCCAAUUGUAAAUUCCUAGGAAUUUUAAUUUCUCUCUAAAUGACUACAACUACUUCUUUUUCCUUGGGACUAUCAGAGAAUAGAUCUUGAAGGAGCUUCCACGGAGGGAAAAAAAAGGUAAUAAUAUUCUUUCUGAUCAAAGAAACCUAGUCAUAAAAGGAUAUAUGGCCUCUUCCAGCUACUCCAAUUCUCCCUGUGCUGCCUGCAAGUUUCUAAGGAGAAAAUGCAUGCCAGAUUGCAUUUUUGCUCCAUAUUUUCCGCCUGAAGAGCCACAAAAAUUUGCCAAUGUUCACAAGAUAUUUGGCGCAAGCAAUGUUAGUAAGCUCCUCAACGAAGUCCUUCCCCACCAGAGAGAGGAUGCAGUAAACUCUCUGGCCUAUGAAGCCGAGGCACGGAUAAAAGAUCCAGUCUAUGGCUGUGUUGGAGCCAUCUCAGUCCUCCAAAGGCAUGUUCUUCGGCUCCAAAAGGAAUUGGAGGCGACAAAUGCUGAUUUGAUGCGCUACGCCUGCAAUGACAUGCCUUCAUCAACGACUAAUUCCCAGUAUGGAAGAAGGAUGGGUCAUGAAGGAGCUGGUUCUUUUGGUCAAACUUCUGGUUUGUAUUAUUCUUCUCCAUGGAAUAAUGAGCCUUAUGAUCAGGAUAGCCAGGAGAGAGGAGGGGAUGGAAAUAUGUAAGAUUAAUUAAUUGUAUCAUUCUUAAUUAUAUUUAAGUUUUACCAAUAUUUGGGGUUUCUCAGAGAAUUUGAAGGGGGAAUUAUUGUGUAUCAUGGUAUAAUUAAUAUAACAUGGGAUAUAUGUAUAUAUAUGCUAUGUUUUGAAGAGUAGUACUACCAAACUACUCAAUUGAAAAGUUAUCAAACUUAAUUAAAUAUGCACAAAUGAGAUUCUGCUGAUAUUUCUAAGUUAAGCUUUUGAAUAGGGUGG